AGAGGAGACGAAAAGAAGAGACGCAAAGCGAAGCAGCAGCCACUACGAUCGCCUCCCUCCGUUGGCCCACCGCGGACCAGACUGCCGUCGUCUUCUUCCUCCUCCUUCCUCCCUUUGGGCAGCAUAAAAAGUCCAAGUCUUCGAAGUUGGUCAAGUCCUAAGUUGGAGGUGGAAUCUCCCUCUCUCAGCCCGGGCCGUCUCUCCUUUGAACUUUCCUUCCUUCCUCACUCUCUCUCUCUUAAAUUUUCCAAAUUCCUCCACCCGAAGAACAAGUCUAAACUCUCCUCUCCUUCUCUCUCUCGCUUUCCUUUGUACUUUCUCCUCCAACUUCAAGUCUGAACUCUCCUCUCAUUCUCUCUCUCUCGCUUUCCUUCCUACUUUCUCUCCAACUUCCCUUCCUCCUAUAUCUGGUGCAGCCUCCGUUUAUAAUUCAUCGGGCAGUGACGGCUUUUCUCGUGAACUUGCAGAGGAAGGCUCGAGAAUCGUCUGAGCAAAGAGGACCUUUCUUGGCUUUCGGCAUAGCCACCCGGUUCUUGAGAGAGUGCAGCGCCUUUUCUCAUCUGGGUUCGCUUCAAAUUCUCGCCUUUUUUGGUGUUUUGACGAGUUUGCGAUUCGCUCCUCGCGAGUUCUUUUGUUUGAGUUCGUCGUCGAGGAAUCUUGAUCGUCAUACAUAGAGGGAGAAAGCAAUGUCCGAUUCUCAGGGCAGCGGGACGCUGGACAACUCUGCCGCCGUCGAGAUUACCGGCAAGAUCAUGGUGAUAGCAAUUAUAGUCCUUUUCUUGGUCGUGGUCUUUGUUCUCUUCCUCCACUUGUAUGCCAAGUGGUUCUGGUGGCGCACGGAGGAGCCCCAUCCCCAGGGCCUCAACCGCCGCCGGCCGCGGCGUCGCUUCGUGUUCGCCCCCGGCCAAGAGAUGGCGGCCGUGGCGACGCGCCGGGGGCUGGAUCCCUCAGUCCUGCGGUCCAUCCCGGUCAUCGUGUUUCGGCCCAAAGAGUUCAAGGACGGGCUUGAAUGCGCCGUUUGUCUGUCUGAGCUUGUCGACGGGGAGAAAGCCAGGUUGCUGCCCAAAUGCAAUCACGGGUUUCAUGUAGAUUGCAUUGACAUGUGGUUUCAAUCGCAUUCGACUUGCCCGCUUUGUCGAAAUUCCGUCAAUGGAGCGCCUGAGAGUCGUAAUGAUGUUGGUCCUGAGGAAAACAGUAUCGAAUCUGUUGAUGAAUCCAUCGAAUUGAGUGCUGAAGAUAUUUUAGCUAGUGGAUAUUCCACGGAUUCCCCAAAUUUUCCUACUAAUGUGUUGUUCUGGGGUGAUGACACUCAGGUUAGCUCUAGGACUGGUUCUCUGGAGGAAGGCCCUGUUCCUUCAGAGGAAUCGACGGAGUCGCCUUCGUCCUCCAUUCAGCCAGAUGGGGCUUUGGUGAUUGACAUACCGAGGCAGACAAUGGAGAGCACAUCGUCCUUUUCACCAUCCACGAGCGGGUGUGUGCAAGAUGAAGUGAAGUCACCGAUGACUACAAGAUUGAGGUCUUUGAAGAGGCUUUUGAGCAGGGAAAGAAGAGUGAAUACUUGCAGCCCUACUUCUGCUGAUGUGGAGCAAGUUGGAAGAAGUCUGCCUUGUUAAUACGGAAUUAUGGGUUAAAGAUGCCAGCGGUCUUCUGCUGUGGUUGAUUAAUUAAGAUGACGAUUCGUCGAUCCUUUUUAAGCCAAUGAUUCAUUUAAGAUGUCGAGUUCUGGCAUUUUGAACGUCAUUUUGGAUGUCCUGCUCUGGAAAUCCUUGAGAAUUGCCGAAUUUGCUGGGAAAGACAAGCUUUUCCCAAAUUGGGGUGCUUGAACUUCUGUUUUUCUGUACAGAACGAGAAGUUUGAUUGAAUAGUAUCGAUGGAAGUUGGUCUCUGUUAUUGAGUCAGGGUGCGAUGACUUCCUUACGAUGAGUACAUUAUAUGCAAAGAAAACAGCUUCUCUGUUUUACAUGAUGGAAAAUGGAUAUCCAUCAUUUUCGACAAAAGAUGUAGUAGUAUGUGACAACUUUUUUUCAUUUAAAGGAUGCUGUGAAGAUACUGCGUUGUUUGCUCAAAAUUCUUCAGCUAUCGAGUUUCACACUCAGUCAUGUACAUAAGUCUAUAUUCUUCUCUGUACUUUUAGAAUGUAUCUGCUUUAUCCGUUUAUCUUGAUGCAGCAACUUCUCUUCUAUUA